AUGAGGCUAAAUAUAUAUAUGGUUUAUCAGUACGUAGGUAUUGACUUAGACUUUUCAUCUGUUGACUUUGGAAAGUACUGUAAUUUCCUCCCACAACCCCCUUCCCACACACACAUUAAGAUAGUCAACUUCAGCUCUCCAACUUCUUCUAGCCAAUCUCCUGGUGCUUCCAUGGCCGUAGAGAACAUGUCACCAUUACUGGUUCCAAUCAAACUCACGAGUGAUAUAUAUAGCUAUCGACAGUGGAGAACUUUCUCCCUUUCAUAUUUUCACCAUCAUAAUAUUUCUGGAAUCAUUAAUGGAACAGAGCCUCGUCCUGGGCGAGUUCAGUCUGCCCUUACUAAUUGGUAUGGCAGAGAGAAACAGGCUCUGAAAUGGCUAAAGGCCUCUCUAUCUGAAAGUCUCCAACAAAUUGUCAUGCACACCGGAGUUGACUCUUCACGACAGGUCUGGCUCAAUCUCAAGGAACACUUCACCAAUCUCGCUCAUGCUCGCAUCUAUCAGCUUAAAUCAGAUCUACACAACGUGAAGAAAGAUCCCGACAUGCGGAUGACUGCGUAUCUAGAAACUAUCAAACAGUUGGCGGCCGAUCUUGCAGUUGCCGGUGCUCCUGUGGAUGAUCUCGACCUACUUCAUGUACACAUCCUGGCGGGAUUACCAGAGGAGUACAAUCCCAUUCGUGAAAGGAUGAAAGUCUCUGCAGUAAGUAGUUGGGAUGAGUUGGAUGACUUAUUGUUGAAAGAGGAAAUUCAUCUGGAUGAGCAGCGCAGAAAUACUACCUUAAAUCAUGAUCAGGGUGGCCAAGAAGAAGACCAUGCUAUCGGGAUCGAUCUGGGAACGACGUAUUCCCGCGUGGCCGUGUGGCAGAAAGAUCAUGUAGAGGUCAUACUGAACGAUCACGGGAACAGGAAGACUUCAUCGUAUGUUGCCUUCACUGAAACUAAUGAGACUAUUUUGGUAGGUGAUGCAGCAUUUAACCAAGUCCAGAGAAACACCACCAACUCAAUCUUUGAUACAAAGCGGCUAAUCGGUAGGAGAUUCAGUGACACGUCUAUUCAAAGUGAUGUGAAGCACUGGCCAUUCAAGGUGGUUGAAGGUACAGCUGACAGGCCCAUGAUUGUGGUUACCCACAAUGGCCAAGAGAAACAAUUUACUGCUGAAGAAAUCUCUGCCAUGGUUCUGGAAAAGAUGCGGAAGAUUGCCGAGACCUACCUGGGCUCAACUGUGAAAAAUGCAGUUAUCACUGUCCCUGCUUACUUCAAUGACUCCCAACGUCAGGCUACAAAAGAAGCUGGCCUCUCUGCUGGCCUAAAUGUGAUGCGUAUUAUGAACGAACCGAGUGCUGCUGCCAUUGCUUAUGGCCUCAGCGAGAAGUCCAGUUGGAAUAGCACGAGAAAUGUGAUGAUAUUUGAUCUGGGUGGAGGCACUUUAGAUGUGUCAUUGCUUACCAUGACUAGUUCUGGUGACUUUCAAGUCCUGGCGACCGCUGGAGACACUCACCUUGGCGGCGAAGACUUCGAGAACAGAAUGGUGAAGUAUUGUGUCGAGCGAUUCAAGAGGGAGAAGACAUUGGACGUCAGUGAAGACUUCAGAGCUCUUAGGAGGGGCAUCAAUCCGUAUGAGGCAGUGGCAUGUGGUGCCGCCAUUCAAGCUGCAGUCUUAAGUGGGAAUGGAAAUGGGAAGUUCAUUGAAGACUUCACCCUCUCAGAUGUCACUCCUCUGCCACUUGUUCUGGAGUUUAACGAUUAUGAUACAGUCAAGAGACUCUGCGAUUUAAUUCCAAGAAACAUUAGAAUUCCUACGAUCGAGAAAGUGCGUUUUAAUACUGUUCAGGACGAUCAAGCUUUAAGCAACUUCUGCAUAUAUGAAGGUGAGAGUAGCAUACCUGAAAGUAUGAACUUUUUGGCUGAAUAUAGCCUCCAUGACAUUCCUGCAGCUCUUAACGAUCUUCCUGGAUUUUGUGUUUGCUUUUCUAUUGAUGCCGAUGGUAUCUUGAGUGUCUCUUCUGAGCAUAAGUACACUUGGCAGAAGAAAGGGAUCACAUUUAACCGUGACAAACCGAAGUUUGGGGGUAAUUAUGAUGAGUAA